AUGGUUACAGGCUUUGAAGCACUCGGCGCGGCGAGCGCAGUCUUGCAAGUCAUCUCGUUCGCAACCGACAUCACUGUAGCCUGCAAAAAGGCAUACGAUGGAGCUACAACUUCAGAGGAUGACCUGCAUCGCCACGCUAAGCAAAUGUUUGAAGCCGUCGAUCGAGUAAAAUCCCGCUGUGGACAAAUGACCAACACGAACGCCAGCUUCAGCAGUCCGGAGUUGAAAACCAUUACUCAGGAUUGCAAUGAUGCUGCCAAAGAGAUCGAGGCACAAGUUAGCUAUGUGACAAGCUUACAGGCAAAAGGCGAUAUCGGCAAGGCGUUUCGCAAGGCGUUUAGGACAUUUCGUCGUAAGAAGAAGCUUGAGGACCUUGAAAAAUCGCUGUUUAGGUAUAAACAACUCAUAGACAUCGAGUUGCAAUCGCAUCUAUGUUCGCGCAGCGAAGCUAUCAGACUCAAGCAGGAAUCUGCGUUCCAGAAGCUCGAUACCGACGUGCAGUCUCUUGUCAACCAGCUUGCUCAAGGUGUCACCGACGUACAAAAUCUCGUCAAGAAUGAGCACACUACAACACGAUCCGCUAUUACCAAGGAAAUGACCAGGGCUGAGGUAGCCAUCAACACGCACACCGAUAGCCAAGUCUUGGAGCUCAGGACCACUGCUGAGACAAGCAGGAAAUGUGAAGUAUUUCUUCAAAGCCUCAAGGCUCCACGGAUGAAUCAACGAUACAAUGAUGUCAUGGACUCUAGAGAUGCAAGCUUUAAGCAAGUAUUUGCUACUUAUAAGGAAAUGAUAGACAUGUAUCGCGAGGCUUCAGAAGAAAGCGGUUAUUCAACAGAUGACGAUGAUUCGGGAGAUGAUGAUAAUCCAGAGGAUGACGCCAACACUUCGAAUAAUAGCCAUGACAGCGCAGAUGUUGAUUCAGAAGGCAAUGAAUCAUCCGAAGCAGGUAGCCACUUCAGUGACCUGAGCGACAUGAACGAUAUUUUCCUCUCAUGGGAUUCUUUGAACAUGUGGCUGCAAUCAACCGACAAGUUUUUCUAUAUUCAAGGAAAACCAGGUUCGGGGAAAAGUACACUGGUCAAAUUCAUCCUAAAUCAAGACCAAACCAAAGAGUUGAUCCAAAGAUGGAGCCCUGAUGCGAUCAUUAUUUCCUACUUCUUCUGGAAAAUCGGUGCAGAGGAGCAAAACAGCAUAAAGGGGCUUUGGUGCUCUCUGCUUUAUAAAAGACUUCAGGAUCAGCAACCGUUGAUUUCGAGUACUCUAGAGCACUUCAGUCACUUUUCUUCACACUCAGAAUAUCACGAUUGGUCUAUCAAGGACUUGCAAGAAGUCUGGGGCCAUGUUUCAAAAUUAGAUACUCGACAUAUUUGCAUAUUUAUCGACGGCCUGGACGAGGUCCGGAACGAAGAUGGGUUCUCGAAGCUUGCUCAGUCUAUUCAUUUGAUAUCACAACUUCGAAGAACUAAGUUGUGCGUUUCGGCCCGGCCGGAGGCACAGAUUGUGAGGUGGUUGCGGACAACCAAUGCUACUGGAAUCCUGCUUGAGGAUUUGACAAGAUUCGAUAUGCUCCAGUUUGUACGCGGCAGAUUCUGCCAGCUGCUGCCGAAUAGUCAAGUCUCUUUAGAAAGAUCCCAAGAACUACGCCGACAGCUUGUAGCUAAGGCGCAAGGCGUAUUUUUAUGGCUCCACCUUGCUACUCGAAGCAUAAUCGAGGGGAUCGAGAACAGCGAUUCUGAGAAUAUGCUUUUUGCACGACUGAAUUCGCUCCCCGGAGAUCUCCAGAACUUAUAUAUCGACCUGUGGCAGAGAAUGAAUGCAAAAAGCCCUAUCUAUGUGGAGACAGCUCGCAGGUACUUUCGUUAUGUCUUGCAGGAUCCAGGUUACCCAAUCUUCGUUGGAGUUGGCCCGGAUUGGAGGCGUUAUUCAAAACCAUGGUUAAUUCAAAUUGCUUGCGCUGAUAACUUUGAAGUGAAAGAAAAAAUUCUGAAGAGCAAAGGUAAGGUAGGACCAACAGAGAUUCUGCAAAGGUGCGAAGAGACAAAGGCGGCGAUACAAAGUCGGUGCGCAGGGUUGCUCGAGGUGCGACCGGAGAAGGACUACCCUCAUUUUUUCGGAAGACUGGGAGAUAAUGGCAAUGUUUUCGGCAAGGUAGCAUUCAUUCAUCGAACUGCACAUGAUUUUCUGACAGACACAGAAGCGGGUCAAAGCAUUCUGGGACACGGACUGUUCUCCGGCCUUUCCACUGAAACGGAGUUGUUAAACGGCCUGAUUUGUACAGCGAUAAUUGUGGCAUCUGAAUGGCCAUUAUCGUUCACUGAUUACUUCAUCAUCAAUGAAAUCACCGAUUUUGCAAAACGCUGGGGAAGCGAAAGUUUGCUAUUGGCUACAGAGAUGCUUGACAUGGUUCGGCCAUUGUAUGACAGAAAGCGAAUACGACCUGGGGAAGAUCUUAGGAUACCAUCCGAGCCAUUCUUUGGUCAAUUGACCACGGACGACUUAUUUGAUGAGUUUGUCAUCUCCCGUCUGGCAACCGAAACCUCGCCUGCUCCAGCCACCAGCGUCCUGCGUGAAGGAUGGGCUCUGCAGUCUCAUAUAAUUGAGUUCAGGAGACUGUCCAAGAGACUCUUCUUUGCACUGAUAACAAUUGGAGCCAGUCCACACGAGUAUGGCAUACCUUAUAGUCCAAAAUCAUUUCCAUUUGCUGCGAGGGAAACGGCAUUUACCAACCUUCUCACAUCUUUUAUUAUCUCAACAAAAGGUCGCUUUGGGUAUCGCGAAGAUGCGGAUGACGAGCUGCACCAAAGAAAAUCACUUGAAACUUUGGAAAUCGCAUUACAUAUGGCCACGACUUAUCAUAACCUGGAUAAAGUCGUUUCUUUAUUUGCUUACAUUGAUGGAGCUGGGCCUUUGCGUAUACUCCCCCUUGAACAAAUAGUAUAUAGGCUCGGAGGAACCAGGCUUCGAUUAGCCUUUGUGGUUCUUGAGGUCAACAUACAGUUUCUGAUGUUAUACAUAAUCUACAAGGUUGGUGUUGAUCUGACCAACUCUGUCCUCACGUCUCUUCGAGGUCAGGAUGUACUAUCACGAAUCAACAGUCCCUUGGUCAAGAUGCGAUAUAUUCAGCUACCGGAGGCAAAAGAUGGCCAUUAUGGGCAAUACUAUCCAUAUCAACGGACAUUUCAGCGCAUUAUAUCACGAGAAUCACUGUCAAGGAGCGAUAUUGAACUGCUUUUUGACAUGGACUUUGGGACACGCUCUCAUGGGUUAUUUGUGCCACUAUUCAAAUAUGAGGAAAGACAAGACCUCGCUAUCAUUACCCGAUACGCCAAAGACAAGGAGACCGAAGAAGUCGGUGUGGAAGAUAUGAUGACAAGCUUAGCUACCGAGAAUCUAGGAUUCUGUACAUGCGAGGAGGCAGGCAUUACUCCACCCUAUGAAUAUCUAAGAAGGGAAAGAGAAAAUAAUACAUUAUCCUGGAGAUUAUUUCCUUUGGCAAUGGCACGGCUUGAAUCAGCAGCAGCAGCGUCUACGAGGUACACCGUAUAA